AUGGUAGCCUCGAUCUUCGGUCAUUUCUACCUCGCGAGCACUUGCUUCAUCGCGGGCAAAUCGCUGACGACUUUGCGGAGGGGCGCCCUGGCCUUGCCCGAAGCACGACUCGUGCGCUGGCAAGGAUACCCGGGACGGCUCCUGUCAGGUUGCCAAGGCUCCAAGAAGCGGACGGCCACGCCGGAUCUGCCGAUCACCGCUUGGCGAUGCGAGAUUUGGACUGAAGGUUUGUUCUCCCUUCUCUUUUGGGCCCUUGGCUGGCUCGAGGCAGAGGCAGCGACCGCGAGACAGGCCUCCGAGCUGUGCAUUGACUGGACCGACCCGCGCAUCCUCUUGCACGGUGGCAGCGCGAGGUACGCAGACAAUGCCUGGAAUCAUUUCUUUGAGCAGCCCACCGGCGAGGAACUCUCGACCGACUGUCUUGAGGGCGCAGCGAGCGCCGGCCGCCUGAAGAUCGUUGUCCGCUUCGGCCCCCCUUGGUUCACGAAGUUCGGCGAAUUCCGUGGGGCCGACGAAGGCAGCGGCGAGUUCGAAGGAAUCCGAGGUGGUCGCCUUGACGACCAGACUGCCUCGGCGGGCCGCGAGGCCAUCAGGCGAUGGAUUCGAGUCCGCCCACGCAUUCGACAGCGGGUCACGGAGUGGUGCGAAGGUCAUGCUGAGGCCUUGGUCGGCUGCCUCGCUGUGCACAUCCGCCGCACGGACAAGCUGGAGCAGUGCAGGUCAAACCAGUGGUCUGAGCAGCAAUUGGCAGCACAGAUCUACGCGUUUAGCGCCGCUCUAGGUCUUCACUCCGUGCUCCUCUGCAGCGACGAUGCGGCGCUGAAGCUGCGCCUUGCAAAGCGGCUCGCUGAC